GUGAACUACAUGGCGGCCGAGAUGAUGUCGGGGGAUCUCCCGGUGACUUCGGACGCGGACGCAAUGGCCAAGCAGAGGGCGAAGGAGGCCGAGCUGGCCGGGGGGGGCACCAUGCUCGCCUCCGGCAGCACCAAGCGGAAAGCGGACCAGGCGGACAAGAUUCGCGCUGCCAAGGCGCAGAGUGCGGCGGGAGCGGCGGGCAGCGCGGUGGAGGCGAACCCCGAAGAGAUCGACCUCGAUAUGGACAUGGAAGAUGGGGGGGAGGAACCGGCGGCCCCGGGCGGCGAGGGUGGGGGCAACCGAGAAGAAGGCGCGAGCCAAGGGGGCGCCGCAGAGGAGAAAGAGGGGGGAGGGAGGGAGGACACCGACGGCGGCGACGACAACGGGGACAUCCGGAUCACCCAGAAGGAGGUCCCGAGCGCCGUGUUUGGCAGCGCGAAGGAGGCGUUGGCGGAAGAAAAGGCAGCGGCGGCGGCGGCGGGCAAAGGGAAGGGGGGCGGGAUGGGCGCGCUGCAGCGGCUGAAGGUGGCGGGCGGCGGCGGCGGCGGCGGCGGCGGCGGCCUCGGGAGCAAGUAGCACGCUCUCUCUUGCGCUUUCAUAGAGGAGCCCGCGAGUGUAGUGGAUGUAUUUUUCUUCUUCUUGUCACGACGUGUUGCUGUCAUAUCCGGGAGGCCCAAGUCGGGAUGGCGGGCAGAGGGUGGCGGUGGAGUGGAGGCAUGUCAACUGCCUGGGGGAAAUAAAUAGAAGCGAUGGCGGCAGCGCUAACUACCGCAGUGCGCGUGAGGUCAGUUUGUAUCGGCAGUGCUUGCGUCUUCUCGACAGCGGCGACGAGCGAAAGAUUUCUCCAGACGAAAGUUCGUUCGGCGCGCUUCAGAUCGAGUAACCCGCCGUAAGCGCGAUCUACCCACAGCAUCUUGGUAACCGUUCUUUGGGAAAAUUGACGUGGCAUCAUCUACCACUCAACCUUGCGAUCCGAUCCAAAAUGAUUGUUUUUGCUAGAGCCGUUCUCUAUUUGGCGGUAGUACAUGUAAUCGCCUGCGUUUUGUCUCCGCCGCGGGGUACAUGCCCAUCGCAUGUGGCGUCGUCCCUGCAGUGUUUGGAAAGGCGGGAUGGGAUUGCGCCCACGAAGACGUACGCAGCCGGUCACCCAGCCAACGAAGGAAGUACGAGAUUGUUUGUUUUCUCCUUGGACUAUGUUUUCUCGUUGCACUGGAUAUGCUCGGGGCUUUCAUCCGUGGCUGGUGUCUGCUGGGUGGAAGGCUGCUGCAUGAUCUUCGUCGGUAAACAUACCAGGCCCUGGAAGGCUUCAAAUACAAGAGUGUUGGUGGUGGUGGUCGUCGUCGUCGCGAGUAGCUAUAAUGGAAAACGUUGUUGACCAUCAUCGGCCGAAGCCAGGGAAAAUCCGA